AAUAGGUGGCGGUAUGCACAACGCUGGUUCGCCAAAUGUCUUGCAAAACAAGUAAACAGGUUCACAAUGGCAUCUCCCUUGACAAGGAUCUCUGGGAAGUUUUGUAGACACCUGUCCCGACCAUGGAGCAUAUUUCAACUGGGCUUGCGAAACCAGUCUUCGCCGUCCGCUUUUGAGCAGUCUAGUGAAAAUGAGGCUGGCUCUGGGCCCAUGUGCCCUCCACUGCAGUCCUACUCUGAAGAAGAGACUAUGAUGAAGGAAGCAGUGAAGAAGUUUGCCCAAGAACAGAUUGCACCGUUUGUGUCCGAAAUGGAUGAAAACAACAAAAUGGAUGAGAGGGUCAUCAAAGGUCUCUUUGAGCAAGGGUUGAUGGGCAUUGAAAUUGACCCCCAGUAUGGUGGUACUGGAUCCAGCUUUUUUGCAUCCAUCCUGGUGAUUGAAGAAUUAGCCAAAGUGGACCCAUCUGUUGCAGUUCUAUGUGACAUCCAGAACACACUUAUUAACAGAUUGCUAUCCAAACUGGGGAAUGAAGCGCAAAAAGAGCAUUAUCUCACUCGUCUCUCCACAGAUAUGGUGGGUAGCUUCUGUUUAUCAGAAGCAGAAUCUGGAAGUGAUGCUUUCUCCCUCAAGACUCGUGCAGAAAAGCACAAAGACUAUUACAUUAUUAAUGGCUCAAAGAUGUGGAUCAGUAAUGCAGAGCACGCUGGGGUGUUUCUGGUGAUGGCCAAUGUAGAUCCCUCUGUUGGUUAUAAGGGCAUUACUUGUUUCAUAGUGGACCGGGACACAGAGGGGCUUCACAUCGGCAAGAAGGAGAACAAGCUUGGUCUACGUGCCUCCUCCACAUGCCCACUAAACUUUGAUAAUGUCAAGGUUCCUGAGAAGAACAUACUGGGACACGUUGGCCAUGGUUAUAAGUAUGCCAUUGGAAUGCUUAAUGAAGGGAGGAUUGGCAUUGCUGCUCAGAUGCUGGGAUUGGCUCAAGGCUGCUUUGAUCAGGCUGUGCCCUACACCAGACAAAGGAUACAAUUCCAGAAGCGCAUCUUUGACUUCCAGAGCAUGCAACAUCAGAUUGCUCAUGUGGCCACCCAGCUGGAGGCUGCCAGGCUGCUGACAUAUAAUGCUGCCCGUCUGAAGGAGGCCGGGAGGCCAUUCAUCAAAGAAGCCUGUAUGGCUAAGUACUUCACAGCUGAGGUUGCAACUCUGACUACAUCCAAAAGCAUUGAAUGGAUGGGAGGGGUAGGCUUCACUAAAGACUACCCUGUGGAGAAGUUCUACAGAGACUGUAAGAUAGGUACGAUCUAUGAGGGAACAACUAACAUCCAGCUCACUACCAUAGCCAAGUUUAUUGAUCAGGAAUAUGACCAGUGAGACGACUAUGCAUAUACCUUCAAAACAAAGUUUGGGGAUUUAUUGUGUAGUUGCUACAGUGUCAGUGUUAUACUAUAAUAAUAUUCAUUACUGGGAUAGGUGAACAGGUUUUGUUUUGUUUUGUUUUUGUUUCAAUUAUGUAGCUACAAGUUUUGUAUAUCGGAUUUGCACUUUACUAAAUAAUGUACGGAGCCUUACUAUGUUUGGUGGUCUCAGUUUUGUUGCCUGAAAUAAAAAAUAAAAUAAAACUGAUAUAUUA